AUGAAACGCCUCUCGUUUAGCGGCAUGAUAAUGCUCUUCACUAGUUUGGUUCGCGUUUUACCAAUGUUAAUCCAAAGAAGCGAUUCCGGACCAAUACCAUUACCAGUGCCGUGUCAGGACAGGUGGCUUAGUUUUAAGUGUCGAAGCGGGCAUUCUUAUGGAAUAGAAUAUCUUCGAAAGGUUCUUCGUAUAAUGAAAGCUCGAGGGGAAGAGAAUAUACUUUAUCCGGAUAAAUUCACCGAGUUCGAAUACACAUCUAGCUCGAAUAACUGGAUAUAUCCAAUUCUACCUGAUGAUAGGAUUUACAUGGAUGGCGAAUUUGAAACAGACUUUAUGGUAUUCAAUGAAAAAGCUAUAAUCCUGGGUGGAGUAAGUGUUGAAAUUAUAGACAACUCCCCACAAUUCAGGACAUGCAUCCUGUCAAGUGAAACAAACAUUCAAGCUGCCGGCAAAAUAAUCAUUCCUAGUUAUAAUCGCCAAAAAUUAGAACACGGAAUCGAUACAGGUGAUUUAGCCCCGCAUAAAUUACAUAGACACACCUUUAGUACUCAGAUCUCGUCCAAAGAAUGCUCUUCUAUCCAAAAUUGCCUUAGCGGAGCUCGAAAAAAUUCUUCUAAGCGCUUCCGAAUGUGUAAUUUAAAGAGACGUGCUAAGGAGAAUGCAAAAUUAGCAUCUUAA